AUGCUCAUGCGCUCUGAUGUGCACGAUGUCUUUGACGACUACCAAAUAGGGUAUAUGAGGUAUUACCAGGAGAGUGAUGGACGAUUGAAGUUGUAUCGUUUUGAACUGUCUGGGGCUCCAUCACUCCCCGUUGAAGACAUGUAUCUACAACCACAGAAGGGCGCCCAGGGCUUUGUUGAGGAUGUAGAGAUUGAGCUCCUGCGUGCUCACUUCCAAACCUGCCUAUAUUAG